UGCCAUUGUAGCCGCUACAAUAGCAACAGACCCCCUUCCUCCAGUAGUCGCUUCACCCCCAGCCUAGUCUACCUCGUCAUUGCCCCGCCUGUGCUGGUAGUUAGCUUCAGCGAUUUCAACGGACUUUCUCUUCCCCGGCCUCGCGAUAGUGCGUCACCCCGAACUCGCCCUACUUAGUAGCUGAUCUCGCCAUUGACCCCGCCACCCUGCCCACCAUGCGCGGCGACGCGUCCCCAGCCGCGCAUGCGCACACGUACACGUCCCCGCUCGAAACCCUAGAGUCCUCCGUCACCGUCCUCGGCGGAUGGCACCCGCUGCCCGCACGCCAGUCCGCCUCCGCCUCCCCCUUCCAGCGCGCCGCCUCCACGGCGGGCGCGGGCAACGCGAUAUGGGAGGCGUCGGUGGUGGACGUGCGCGCGUACCUCGAGGCCGUCGAGCGCCUCUUCGACCUCAUCGACGCUGCCAACAUGCCCGGCGCGCCGCCGGGGAUGGGCGGCGUGCGCGAGACGGCAAAGGCGGUGCUGGGAAGCGUGGUGCCGCGCCUGGAGGAGGGCUUCCUGCAAGUGCUGCUGGCGGAGAGCCACGCCGUGCCGCCCGACCGGGUCAACGAGGCCUUCCGCCGCGUGUCCAAGCCCCCCCGCUCCUCCGCGCCCCUCUCCCCCUCCGCGCCCUCCACCCCCGCCGCGUCGUCCGAAUGCUCCUCCCCCUCGUCCGUGUCCCUCUCCGUCUCCGCGCUCGACCGCGCGCCCUCCUUCCUCCCCGAGCCCGCCGUCUGGCGCCUCCACGCCAUUGCGCGCGUGGCUGCGCGCGCGGGGCUCUCCCCCGCGCUCAGGCGGAACUACCGUACCGUGCGCAAGGCGGUGCUAGAGGAGUCGCUGAAGCAGCUGGCAGCGGGGCGCUUUGACCCGCGGCUGGUACCCACCCUGGAGUGGGAGGAGCUGGCGAGCCGAGUGGACCUGUGGAAGGCGUAUGCACGGCGGGGGGUGCGCGUGCUGCUGGCCGCCGAGAGGAAGCUCUGUGAACGGGUGUUCGACACAGUGGAGGAUAGUGAGCAAUGCUUUGCGGACACGGUGAAGGGCAGCAUGGGGCGGCUGUUUGACUUCGUGGAGGCCUUUGCGGCGGGCAAGAAGGCGCCUGAGAGGCUAUUUGCCAUGCUCGACAUCUACGAGACGCUGCAGGACCUGCAGCCCGACUUCAGCGCGGUUGUGUGCGGCAACGGUGCGUGUCGCAGUGUGCGCAACGAGCUAUCCGUGGUGCUGAGCUACGUAGGCGUGGCGGUGCGCGGCAUCCUUGCGGACUUUGAGCGCAACAUUGAGAAGGAGGACAGCCGCCCGCCGCCCACGGGGUCCGUGCACGGGCUGACGAGCUACGUGGUGAACUAUCUCUGCCUGCUCUUCGAGUACCGCGACACCAUCAACAAGCUCUACAGCAGUGGUGGUAAUGCUGUCGUGGUGCCCGUGCCCAAGCUGCUAAGGUUGAGGUCGGACGAGGAGGAGGAGGAGGAGUUUGUGGAGGAGGAGGUGCAGGGGGAGGAGGAGGGGGAGGAGGGGGGAGUGGUGGGGGAGGAUGGGCUGCGGUACUGGGGCGAGCCGCUGGAGGAGCACCGCGAGGUGGGGCGCAAGAUCAAGGGCAUUCUCAAGGUGCUGGAGGCGAAGCUGCUGGUGAAGGCGCUGACUUAUAAGGACGCGGGGCUGGCGCACGUCUUCAUGAUGAAUAACGUGCAGUACAUCGCACGCAAGGUGAAGGAGAGUGAGCUGCGCAUGCUGGUGGGCGACGACUGGAUCCGGGACCGAGCGGACACGGUGCAGCAGCAGGCCAACGAGUACCUGCGCGUGGCGUGGACCCGAGUCAUGGCGCCGCUCAGAGAGGUCCCCACCACCUCCUUCCUCAACCCCAAGGGCUCCCUCAAGGAAAUAUUCAAGCAAUUCACGGUGGUGUUUGAGGAGGUGUACAGGGUGCAGCGGACAUGGAUGGUAAACCCUGGUCCGCUGCAGAGGGAGCUGCAGCAGGCAGUGCGGUACAGGCUGCUAUCACUGUACGCCCUGUUCCACAAAACACACGCACCCACGCUACGGAAUCAGACGAAAUAUAUCAAGUAUACACCGCAACAGGUGAAUGAGAUGAUAGGGCACCUCUUUGAAGGGCACCAGGGGUAGGAUGUGACUAUGGCAUCUAUUGCAAUGGCUUCAUUUAUGUUGCAGUAUGUAUAGGUUGGGAAAUAAGGCAUAUACGAGCAGCAUAGAGUCCCUUUUUAUCACUAAAGAGCUUCAAUCGAA